GAUUAUUUAUAUUCAAUGUGAUAAAACAGAACUUUUUAAAAUUAAAUUCAGUACUUUACUGUUUUUCUCUUAAUCUACAAGUGCCUUUUAAUGAUGCUCAAAUUAAUCCACGUCGCCAUUUUCAUCAUAUUUUGUGAUAAAAUAUUUUCAUUACCAUAUGAUGUGGAAAAAUGUAAAAUUGAUGACGAAAGUUGCUUAUUAACAUCAUCAAAUAAGGUUCUUCAAAAAUACUAUGGAGGAAUCCCAGAAAUUGAUCUUGCAUCACUCGAUCCCUUCCUUGUCAAUCAAUUUUUCGUUGAUCGUAAAUAUAGCACGAUUAAAAUUAAGAAUGGAGACUUUAGUAAUAUGAAAAUGCGAGGUCUUCAAUCCGCAACAAUUGAAAAGAUUUCAGGAUUUGAUAAGGAUCAUUUGGAAAUUGAAUUUAAAGCACCAAAGUUAACUUUUACUGGUUCUUUUAAAGCUGAUGCGAAAGUCUUGUUCUUUCCUAUCAAUACUGAUGGGGAAUUUACAUUGAAAUUGUACGAUUAUGAUGCAAAACUCAACAUCAAACUUGAUCGUUACACAAGAAACAGAACCAAAUAUUUCCAAACAACUGGAUAUUGCAUCCAUUCGACUGUUAGAACAGGAGAUAUCGACUCGACUGGCGUUCCAAAAAUUGUCAAUUGGCUGAUAAAUUUGCAUUUCAAUAGUUUAUUUAAAAGCAGCAUUCAAUCAUUUGUUGAUGAUAUUUGGUCAGCUUAUUACGAGAAAGCCAUUAAUGUUAUGUUGACUAAAGUUCCGAUCGGAGAACUGUUUACUUGUGAGAUGGACAGAGAUGGUCAUUAGUCAGCUUGAAUCAUAUCAGCUUGAUUCUUGUCAACUUUCUUGUUGUUUUUCAAUUUUUGUAAAAAAUGAAUCGCAACUUUUUUAAAUAAAUUUUUUGUUGAAUUUU